CGCAGAAAUCCGCACACCCAUGUAACACUCACAUGCAUGUCCGCACCAUCUCACCCACGGAUUGAGGAAGAAACAAUAAAUCCGAUCUGGACCAAAGGAAGCAUUCAUUUUAAAGUUUUGUCCUCGCGCCGAUCGCCCUUCUCCACACGCAUCGGCUUAAGCUCCCCCACCAACGUUCCGCGCGCUAUCUAACCUCGGCACGCGCUACGGGUGGUGGGUUAUCUGACUCGCUGGCUAUCCAGGUACCGUAGCAGGAACAGGGACGGGAUAAAUAAGUUGGCUCCGCACUGUGAGGGAUUGGAGGAAACGGUGCCCCACGCUCUUUUGAUGAGCUUACACGACGAUCACUGCAACGGUUACUAGACGAAAUGUCAGAGCAAGCAUCACCAAUACCACCUUCACCACUACAAUCACAAUCGCAACUCUCAACCACAACCACCACCACAAUGCCCUCCCCCGCCCCCUCAUCCGCAGACCUAACACACUUCCUCACCCACCCCUGGUGCGCGGCCCUCCUCUCAGCCCCAAACACCACUCUCCUCCCAACCCCCUCCCGCGUCCCCAAAAAGAGCACCGAGGAUUCGUUUUUUGCUGUUACCCUGCGGACGGGGGAUACGAUUCCGUUUAUGCUUUCUUUUUCCUCCCCGCGCCCCGUCGCCGCCGCCUCUUCCCAGGCCUCUGAUGGAGUCGCCGCCGCAUCCUCCGCCCCAGCACCAGCAGCACCAGCGCCAGGCACGUCAACCGAACAAGUAUCCACACUCUUCGCCCUAGAAGCGGGUCUAAACGGCUACCCCCUCACGGCGCACGGCGGUCUCAUAUCCGCCCUCUUCGACGAAGCAAUGGGCGUCUCCAUGAUGCGUCUCCGCUGCUCUUCUUCGUCCCCUAAAUGCCCAACUGGCGGGGGGAUGGAUAUAGUGACGGCGAGUCUGAAAGUUGAUUUCUUGAAGAGGUUGGAGACGCCGGGGACGGUGGUGGUUAGGGUUUGGGUGAGCGAGAGGAGGGGGAGGAAGUGGGUGCUUGAGGGGGAGAUGGUUGUGUGGAAGGGGGGGGAUGGGGGGGAGGGGGGAAAGGAGGUGGUGGUGGGGAGGGCGAGGGGGGUUUGGGUUGAGGUGCGGGCGAGUUUGUAGGGGACGGGGGAACUGUUGUGCGAUGUGGUGCGAGUUGGUUCGUGGCGAGGGGGAGGGGAGGAGGCAUGUCUGUUUCGCUUUCAUCACCGACGACGAUAGGGGUGGUUGGGGAGCGGAGGUUCAGAGUGGGUGAGAGGGGCGUCUGGGUAGCUGGAAGUAAGAGGAGAGGGAGAAAGGCGGCUAGACUUUGGUGGGGAGACGAGGAACGGAAAACUUGAUUAUAAGAUAUAUUUUUAGAUCUGGGCUGGGGGUUUAGAAGAGAGAUUGAAUGGGGGUGGAGUAGAAGACUCGGGGUUGGGGUUGGACUAGAAGCUGGAUUUCCUUCGGUGUGAACCUGAAGAUGAUUGUUGAUAAUACCAUUUACUUGCCAC